AUGGCAACCGUAUCAGGAAAGCGCAGUGGUCGGAGACCUGGUAGGCUACAGAACAAGCUCUCCUUCUCCUCCCGCUUCAACGACGAAAACGCCUUCCCCUAUUCCCCAUCUUUCUCAAAACCUUCCCCCACUCUUCUCGCUGACGUCACUACUCCCGCGCUUCCACUGCCCGUGGAAACCGUUACCGGCAGCGAGGAGGUGCAUCCGGUGGGCCUCGCGGCCGUCACGCAAUGGUUUGACGGCUCCGUCAAGUCGGGCCACCCGCCAACCAGCAGAUCCGGCGUCCGAUCUGCGCUACAGGAUUUUUCCGACAAUUCCUUCUUUUCCUUCCCGUCGGGAAAAUCAGCCGCGAUGUCAGCGUUUGGGAUGAAGAGCGUUAACGAGAACAACCGGCGGAACACGUCGGUGCCUGCAGCUGCGGUCCCUCCGCAAAGCACGCAAUCCUUAGUCGAGAUGUUACCGUCCAACACGCUCAAGGCAACAGAGCUCGUGCCUUCCGUACCUAUCGUGCCGCCCCGUCUCUCCGCGUCCGUCCGUCAGUCUAUCUCCGGCGCCCCCCCUUUUCUUGCUAACUACACCAGCUACUCUGCCGUCGGACUCUGUUCCGCUCCGUCAUCUCGACGGACGUCGUUAAGCUUCGCCGGCAGUGUUGACGGCAGCGUCUCCUCGUCCUCCGCAGCAUUGGCGUUUCCGCCCCCGUCGCGUACCAGCCAGCGGCGGAUCUCCGCCCUGGCGGAAAGCGCGGGGGAUUUUUCCGCCAUGCUGCCGGACGAGCGGGAGUUUCUUGCGGACGUGGCGGAGUUCCACGGACUCCCCGCCCGCGCGUCGCUGCUGUCUUUGCCGCCUUUGGCGGAAAGCUUUCCGCCACAGGCUCGGCAGCUGCAGAACGGAGCAGGGAGGCGAGUGCAGCCGCUACUGCAGGCCAAGGACCUCGAAUUGAAACUGCUGGAGGAACAGUUGAAACGCGUGGAGAUGGAACGGGAUGAGAUGGGUGGGAAGAUGAAACGGGCUGCUGAGGAGAUGCAACGGAUGGAGGAGCAGCUGAAAGGCAGGGAGGAACGUGUAAGGAGCAUGGGAGAGGAGCUGAAACGUGGGAAUGAAGCGAAAGAGCAGGCGGGGAGGGAGAUGAAACGCAUGGACGCGGAGAUGAACCGGAUGGCGGAGGAGAUGAAACGCUCGGAGGGCCGGUGCGGGGAGGUUGAGGCGUCGCGAGCCGCGACUCAGGAGGCUCUGAACAUUGCCGUUGCUUCGAACUCCGCGCUGAAGGACCUGAUGGCGCUGCAGGCGGCGCACAUCGCGGAGCUCAAAGCCCUCGUUCUCGGUCAGACCGAGGCCAUUCAGGAGCUGACACGUGGCAGCACGGCAGUGAAUGGCGCAGAUGCCGGGGGGCAAGAGGAGGACGCGGAGGGGGGCGAGGAGGAAAAGGAAAAGACGGCGGACGAGAAGGUGGAAGGGGAGGCGGAACAGAAGGCGGAGGAGGCGGAGAAGGCGGAAGAUGCGAGGAGCGCGGGGAUGGACGAGCUGAUGGCCAUGCUGUCCCACCAGUCCGCGGAGAUAUCCGCCCUCAGCCGCGCGGUGCAGGCCUCUACCUCCGCCCUCCGCCGCACCCCCUCGCCCCACGCGUCCCCUUCGGCUUCCCCCGAGAUCAGCACCCCCCUCACGGCAAAACUCGCCGUAUCUGCAGGGGGAGGGGUAGGGGGAGGCGCAGGCGCAGGCGCACCCGCGGAGCCGGGGUUGUGGCGGAUGGGGCUCCCCCUGCUGGGGUCGCCCGUGGGGUUCACGCCCUCUCCCCCUGGCAAGGGGGAGAUGAGGGUGGUUGCGCGGAUCAGGGGGAACGUGUAUGGCGCAGUGCCCAAGUACGGGGGCGCGGGGACGGAUGGGGCGCGUGCGGGGGAGAAAAUGGGGACGGUUGAGGAGGAAGGGUGGGGAGUGGCGAUCGGUGGUGGCGCUGGUAACACUGGUAACAGUGGUUACAGUGGUAACUAUGUUAACAAUGCUAUGACUGGUGGCGGCAGUGGUGUUGGGGGGAGAAGCAGCAGUUGCGGUGUUGAGGGCGCUGCUGUGAUGGGCGGGGCAAGGAAGGUCGUUUCAACGGCGAAGGACAUCCAUGCAGGGGAGGGAGAGGAGGAGCAGCAGAGGGAGGUGCAACCGAAGGAGCAGAGGGAGAGUGGGAAAAGGAGGGCGAGUGAGGGCAGUGGGAGCAUAUUCCGAGUGGGAGGAGUAUUCAACCACGGAACCACCACCAGCAGCGCCGCCGCCGCAGAAAAGUCUCGGACAGCUACCAAGCCGAAGUCAGGUCUGGUACCUCCAGGCUCGGCUUCAAGCAGCAGGCUCAGAAAGCUGGUUCGGGCGGAGUCUCAGCCGCAAGGGAGGAUGGGGAGCAGGAAGUUAUCCAUGGAGUGUGGUGGGGGUGGGGGAAGGGAGAGAGGGGAGGGAGUGCGGGGGGAAGGGCUGAGGGCGAGUGUGGAAAGAGGGAUGGUGAGAAGCAGGAGUGAGAGAACCCCUUUUACCGGUCCCCAUGCUCCCCCCAACACUCCUGAUGCUUCUACUGUUCGAGUGCAACGGGGUGGGAGGGCAGGAGGAGGGGGUGAGGGUGUGGAGGGGCGGGCACUGCGGGAGAGUGGGCGAGUGAACGGCCGAAACGGCGAGGGGAAGAGGGCAGCAGGGGGAAAGGGCGUGCAGAGUGGGGCUAUGCCGAGAUGGAAGUUCUGA